ACAAAAGCACUGUCGUCGUUUGCAGCCUCGAGGAAAGAUGGCGUUGGCAUGUCGUGUGUUGUCCCUCCUUUGUGGGAUCAGUGGACUGAUAACUGGAGCUCGGUCUGAACUUGGAGCCUCACGUAAUCAGUGUCCUGAAGGCUGGACCCGGUUGGACAAUCGUUGCUUCAUCAUCCGUAAUGCGAUACUUACUUUUGCCGAAGCAGAGGAAAACUGCAAAAGCCUUGGUGGGAAUUUGGCCUCCAUCCACAGUCCCGUGGAACAAGCACUCAUUGAUGGGCUCACUGAGGUGCUGCUCGAGCCGGACAUUAGCGGAGACUUCUGGAUUGGACUCAGUUUUUCCCUACAGGAGCAAACCUUCGUUUGGACUGAUGGCUCAGACUUUGAUUUUGACAUCCUUCUCGAGUCAGUCGGCGCUAUCGAUGGCAUUGCACCCUGCUCAGUGUCUGACGGUGAGGCGUGGUUUGAGACAUCUUGCACAGACAGCAACCGCUUUAUUUGUGUCCGAGACGUGUUCCAGUGUGUAUCCAUCUGCAUGCAGGAGGAGUGACACAGUCUUUAAAAAC